CGAACGCAUUGAUCCCACACACCACUUUUUUUUUCGAGGCCGUGCGGCUCACUGGGCAACGUAGGAGUACAAGGAUACCAGUACCUUAAGCAUCAAAAUUCCUUCAAGCUGCAAAAACCGAUCUUCCACCCUUGCCAUCCAGCCGAUUCUUCUCCCGACCGAACGAACUCACCUAGCCUACCAUAAAAUUGUAUUAUAAACCAACACCACCACCGACAUACCUUUUACCACUCACACAAUGUCUCCAAGCAAGACCUCACCUUCGGCCGGCGCACUCGCCGAGCGUUCGCCAAACACAUGCUCUCCAACAAAAUCCCAAUCAUCAGAAAAGACCAAGCAGAGCAUUGACGAAAAGGCCAUGCCUCGCUUCAACGUUUCCGCCCAGCAAUACAUAGCCGGACACGGCCAGAACCAGACAUACAUCUCACCCUCGGACGCCAUUGCCAGCCCUACGACGAAGAAACUGAGUGCCAUCAAGGGCAAGAGAUUCGCGAACGCAAAGCCACAAAUGCUCUUUGCCAAAACAUUAGCCAAACAGUCCCUACAGACUCGACAGGCCGAGCAGGACAAGGUGCAAAACUAGAACUAGUCGUCACCAACCAUUUUCAAAGAAAAGAAAAAAAGAAAAAACAAGGGGCCAUAGGGAUACGGGUUACUUUGGCCAUCACUUUCAAAACACCAAAUGAAUAUCUAGGGAUGAGGCGUUUUUUUUGUUUUGGGGAAUCGAUUCAUGGAAAUCGGGUUCCUUGUUCACAACAGCGGGGAAGUCGAAGAAAAGCCUUGGGCUUGUUCUCGAAUCCUGUAGGAAUGAGGAAUGGGAAAUGACAGUCUCACUCUCAAUUCAAGGGUUGACCUGGGCUGUUGGAUAUUGGUACCCAAGCACCUUUAGAUUGGGUAUUUCCACUACUGUGUACGAGAAUACCGAAUGUAUCGAGGACGCAUUGCAAUAAUGAUGAGCAUUGAACUCAUUUCUGUACCAAAUAGGCAGGGCAAAGCCAUAUCCUCUCCUUUUUAAUGCUUUGGUGAUCCCGAAGCCUCGCCUAUCUCGAUCUUACUCUACCUGAGGAUACC